GCUGAGCAGCAGCAGCAGCAGCAGCAGCUGUAGUGUGUCAUCACUCUUGUUGCCUCCAUACACAUCAACUCCUUCAUUAUACUAUCACACUCGCCUUAACCCUCAUACACACGCUCGUGUACUGCUGCCUCUGUAUUAUGUUACACUAAGUGAGAUGAAGUUAAUAACUGUCUUGGUUACUAUCAUGUUUGUGAGUGGUGGAGAGAUGUGAGUGUAAGUCACUGGUGGUGUUACUGCCUCAUGCUCAACAUCACUACACUGUCUCAUGUCAGCAACACUGCACGCUGUCUCAUGCUUAACAACACUACACAUGAGUUCAAGUAUCACAGAACAUUGUCAAGAUACACGUGGAUUUAAGUUGAUGACUUGUGUGUUACACUCCUGCACUGAACCCUCUGCUGUAUGUCGUAACUCAGGAGUUGAGAUACAGCAUCGCAUCUUUAAAAUUAUUGACAGGACUGCCAUGUUUGCUCGCCUUUCAAAUAUGUUUGGUGCAAAUGAUGAUGAAGAUCAAGCCCAUGGUUCUCCUACUCGAAAAUCCAACUCCAGGAAUGGUAGCCAGGGAAGUGGAACACCAGUUCAUGCUAGUAAUGCUGCUCAGUGCCAGAUUGACAACUCGGGGAGUGUCUUAGAAAAAAUAGCAGGUCUUUAUGCCGAACGACUGAUGAGCGACAUUGUGCUGGUUGUUGGUCAGCGUGAAUUUCCUGCCCAUCGUCUUAUUCUCUGUGCUUCAUCCGAUGUCUUCCAGGUGAUGCUAAUGAACCCUCGCUGGAAUGAGAGCCGAGAGCAGAGGAUAAUAUUGCAAGAGGCUUCAGAGUGUGUUGUUGUAUUUGAGCUGUUCUUAAGGUACCUCUACACUGGACGUUUGAAGGUCUCUCAUGCUACAGUCCUUCCAAUACUGGCUCUAGCAGACAAGUAUAAUGUUAAGGAUCUGAUAGAGACAUGUGUCAAAUAUAUGAAGCUGCAUGUUGUAUCUGCAUCACAACAAAAUUACCUGAUUGCGUGGCUUCAGUAUACACUCACCUGUGGCCAUUCUGAUAUAGCAACAGUCUGUUUGAACCAUCUGAAGUGGAAUUUGGAACAGGUGGCUGCAAAUGAAGAUUUUGCCUCGUGUGACUUGGACCUUCUGACCACAAUUUUAUCCCAACAUGAUGUGGUAGUGCAUGAUGAGAUGGCAUUAUACAACAUUGUCGUGUCUUGGUUACAUCGGCAAGAGGAGCGCCUACUGAUGCCAACCCCAGUAGCUACUCCAGGGGAACCUCCGCCUACACUCAUCCCACAGACACCUAGCACUAGUUCAGUAGUUUGUCCACCUCCAAUUUCCAUCACUCCUUCCUGUGGCAAGCUCUAUCUUCGGCGAGAUUCAACCACUAGUUCCUGUGACCCAAUGGAUCGCAUGGAAUGGUUAACUUACGAGGUUAGUAUGUAAUUGUGGAUUAUUCUCUUGAA